UCUAAUACAAUUCUAGAAACGAAAAAUGCAGAAAUCACUGAGAGCAUACAGCGAGGUACUGCGACUCGUGCGCCGCCUCCCGCCGGAGACAAGGCCUUACUACUCCAAAUACGCGCGCGAAAACUUCGUGAACUAUCGAGAACUCGACGACUCCACCUCUCUCAGCGAGCUCCUCAAUCGAGCCUACGUUCAUUCCAUCUGGGUCCUCAAAAAGUAUUCGGUGGAUCAGUCGGCGGCUGAGAGGUUGAAGCAGAUCUGUUUUGGUUGAUGCCCGGUAGAUGAUGAUGAUUCAAAUAUCAGCAAUGAUGCUUACUUUGUUACAGAAGAAAUGUCGGGGGAAAAACUUGCUAUGAAGAGGUUUUUGUAAGCUGUAUGAUCAUAAAUUUCUUCAAUAAUGUUUUCUUCACUUCCCUUGAGAGAUUAGUUUGAGAUCCUUCAUGUGUUUUGUAAAAUAGUACUUAUAGCUUGCAACCUUCGAUUUUUUUGUCGGACUGUUGGUACCCUUGACAUUCAUGUAAUUUCAAAAACGGACUGGAAAAAUAUUUAUUUUGCUAUACUUUAUGAA